CUAACUGGCCAGCCAUGCAGCAUUGCCAUGCCAAUGUUCCUGGACCUGAGUGUGGCAGGUGGUUCCCCAAAUCUCACAAUACAAACACAACUUUCAGCUCACGCCUUUCUUUCAAAAAGCCAGCUGAGCACGUGAGAAAGAGGAAGUGGGAGUAACAGUGAUGUUUUCUCCCUGGCUGAAUGCAUUUAGUUAUUCAGUAGUAAUGAAAAGCAGUAACUUCAGCCUUUUUCCACAGUUAGUCUGUUUUUCGCUUUAAGUUUUACUUAGUGAGGGGUGCCGAUAUUCUCUGAAUAGCCUAAAAAAUAGAAAAUCAUGGUGCUGCCGAACUUGUGUCAAACUGCCUUCACGGUGCUCCGUCAAGUGGAGCCGAUUAUCGUGCUCGAGAUGCUGGGCAGCACUCUUUUCGACACCGCUCUGGCGUUGGUAGUUAAAGACCGGUGUGCCAACGCCACGUAUCCCGAUCUCUCCAGGGAGGACAGCCAACAGAAAGCCAUGACGGACUUCUUCAUGGCCUACAACCUCAUCAUCCGGCUGGCUCCGAUCAUACCUGCGCUGCUCUUGGCCAAGUUAAGCGACCGCGGCAGGAGGAAAGCCCCCAUCGUGGUGCCCCUGGGCGGGUACGUGCUGUCUAGGCUCGGCCUGCUCUUGGUCGUCAUAUUCCGGCUGCCGGUGGAGGUGAUGUUCGGCGCGGCGGUUCUCUUCGGGCUGUCCGGCGGAUUCUGCGCCUACUGGCCCGGCGUGAUGACGCUGGCGUCGCUUGGCUCCACGGCGACUGACCGGUCCAAGGUGAUGAUGAGAGUGGAGCUGCUGUAUGGGCUGGCAGGUCUGGUGGGAAGUUUGGUGUCAGGUCAUUUGUUCCUGCUGUACACAGCCAGCCUGGGAGAAGGAAUCAUCCUGCUCAUAGUGAGCUUACUGCUGCACCUGCUCUGCCUCCUACACUCCAUAUUCCUGCUGCAGGUGAAACACGUGUCCGACAGAGAGCCUGAGGAGAACUGCCACCUUCUUUCUCACACCCCUGAUAAUACUGCUGUUGUUGAGGCUCCUGCUGGGAUAAACAUGGUGAAUGUGGUUAUGCUGUUCAUGGCUGCCAUCCUGUACGACUUUGCAGUGGGUGGAGCUAUAGAAAUACUUGGCGUCUUUGUGAUGAAAGAGCCACUCAGCUGGAGUGCCACCCAGAUUGGUUAUGGGAAUGCAGCAGGCUGCACAAUUUUCCUCACCAGUUUCCUCGGUGUCAUCCUGUUCCGUCGCUGCAUCAGUGACGUCAUGCUCAUCCUGAUAGGCAUGAUAUCGUUCGCCUCGGGAAUCUACUUCAUGUCCUUCGUCACAGCAACCUACAUGUUCUACCUCGCUCGCUCGCUCACCCUGUUUGCUCUCAUCCCGAUGCCCACGAUCAGAUCUCUGCUCUCACAGCAGGUGCCAGCGUCCUCAUGUGGCACCACUCUCACCUUCCUGCAGUUGGCUCUGAAGUUUGCCGGUCUGGCCUACAUCCCUGCCUUUACUAAGAUCUAUCAGAGAACCCUGGACUGGUUCCCAGGUUUCGUCUUCACGCUGGCCAGCAUCUUUACAGUACUGGGAAUGAUACCCAUCAGUAUCGUCGGCUGCAGAUCACCUCAGAGGCGACAGAAGGAUUCAGAGAGACUGACUCACCAGCUGUGAGUUGCCUUUGGUACGAGGCAGACGGAAACUGAAUAGUGAAGUGAGCAAAAGGAGACUCGCUUCCUUUAACCAUAUGCACUGUCAGAGGAGGAACAAACAUGGAUGUUAUAUUUAACAAACAUUUAUGUUUACAUGAGCAUUUUAUGAUUUCUGAAAUGGUACUGUGGGAAGAAUAUCUCAAACCAGUCUGACAAAAAGUUUCAAAUUGUUGACGUUUUGACUGAGAUUUAGGCAGAUGUCAUCAACCAGUGGAUUUCAUCAGCCGGUGAAAUUAAUCCAAACUGCCUUAAAGAGAUUAGUGACACGUCCACAAUACACCCACAGUGAUUUCAACAUAAUGUAGACUUUUCAGUGACUGCGUCAGACAUGAAAAGUCCCUCAUGAGCGCUGCCUAAAAUAGAGAAGUUUUUUAUACUGUGAAAAGAUUUGACCUAACGCAUUAAAUGAAGUUUGUCUUUUUGGA